AAAUGAAGCGCUUUCCAUUCGUCUCUCUCAUUUAGUCUCAUGUCUGCUGAACUCUAGGUGUGUAUCAUACUCAAGUCUCAAGCUUUUGGAGGAGAAUCAGAAUUGAAAAGGCCAUUGUUAUUUGUUUAUCCUCCUCCUCUUCUUGUGGCUGCCAUGGGUGGAGUGAAGAUGGUGUUCGGGCUGCUCACUUUUGUUACAGUGGGCAUGAUAAUAGGUGCUUUGCUGCAAUUAGCUUUCCUUCGAAGGUUGGAAGAAUCAUCUGGCUCUAAAUUUCCUCUCAAUAGAAGAAUAAAUGAGGCUCAGAUGGAAGGAUAUAUACAAUUACCUAAAGGUCUUUCUUUUUGGGAAAAUGAUGAGGAUGCCCGUGUUCUGCGCAUUGGGUUUGUCAAACCUGAAAUAGUCAAUUGGUCGCCAAGAAUUAUCCUUUUCCAUAAUUUUUUGAGUGCAGAGGAGUGUGAUUAUCUUAGAGCAAUUGCUCAACCUCGACUUCAAGUUUCUACUGUUGUGGAUACAAAAACAGGGAAGGGAAUCAAAAGUGAAGUUCGGACAAGCUCUGGCAUGUUUUUGAAUUCUGAGGAGAGAAAAUAUCCAAUGAUACAGGCAAUAGAAAAACGAAUUGCCGUCUUUUCUCAAGUGCCUGCUGAAAAUGGAGAGCUCAUACAAGUUUUGCGGUAUGAGAAGAGCCAAUUCUACAAGCCUCAUCAUGACUACUUUUCCGAUGCAUUCAACAUCAAACGCGGAGGACAAAGAAUAGCAACGAUGCUCAUGUAUUUAAGCGAUAAUGUUGUGGGGGGUGAAACAUAUUUUCCAUCGGCAGGAAAUGGAGAAUGUAGUUGUGGAGGGAAGAUGAUGAAAGGGCUGUGCGUGAAACCAGGGAAAGGAGAUGCGGUGCUGUUUUGGAGCAUGGGGCUUGAUGGGUCAACAGAUCCAAAUAGUAUUCAUGGAGGGUGUGAAGUUUUGGAUGGAGAGAAAUGGUCAGCUACCAAAUGGAUGAGGCAGAGAACUAGCUAUUAACCCCACUUUCUAGUUGUUCAACCGCCACAGGGCAUCUCACAUAAUCCGUUGUGUUCUAAUAUGCAAAUUUUCCGGACAUGAGUGUGGUACAGAUGUAAAUAUUCAAUAAAAGAAAUUUUUUAUUGAUUAAA